AUGCAGGUAGUAUCAAUGCCAUCAAACUACUCCAAACCCGCCAUAUAUCUCCCCUUCGACGUCCUCUAUCUCAUCUGCACGCCCCUGAACCAACAUGACCGCCUCUCCUUCCUCGGCGCCUGCUAUGACUGGUAUACCACCGGUUACCCGCUCAUCCUCGACAGCCUGGACUUCAAGAUUCCCAUUCUUGGACAACUUUUCAAAUAUAACUACACUCGCCGAUGGGAUACUUACUAUCAAGCGGGAAUACUUCCAAAGUCUCUCCACAUUGCCGACCCAGUACAUAAGAUAUACAGUCCCAUCGACAAGCUCUUCGACUCCGUCACCCGAAUCAACAAAGACCUCCCAUCCAUCUUCUUAAUCCCACCCUCCCUUCUCUCCAACAUUAGAAGAGUUCACAUCGACAGCCAGCUCGUAAACGUAUGCGGUCGGGCAUUCUGGGGGAACGGAGUAAGGCAUUCGUGGGCAUACGAUAUGAUCCCCUAUUUGCUUCAGAAUUGUCCCUUCUUAGACGAUAUCGAGGUGGAGAUAGAACCAGUGUUUUAUGAAUACUCCGGUACCUUUGGCCAAUCCUAUACUUACGUCUUACCGAGAGAGCGGAGCAUCAACGUGCGCAAUCUUCUAAUGUCGGAGAUUAUUUCCUCGGAAGGAGAAGUAUGGGCAGGUUCAAGAGCGUCCUGGCUGCAUAACUCGCCGAACCGGGAUCUGAGGUUAUGGAGGGAGGAUAUGGGCGACCGGGUUCUUUCAAGGUUUUCGAUAGGGCUCAAGGGUCAUUCCUAUAGGCACGCGGUAGAUUCCAUGAGAUACUUCUGGCGCAUCUUGGUCUUGGGUUUAUUGGGAAGCAUCAAGGAAUUGGAGAUCAAGAACGUGCAGACGUUUGUUGGCUUUGGAAGGAUAGGAAAUUGGUUUUCGAUGGCAGCCCCCGCAUAUCCUGCGUCAGCAGUAGCAGCGCAAACCUCUAAAAUCACGAAAUUAAGCCUGGAAAGCGGAGACCAUCACCAACUCGGGUUCCCCAAGACGCUGAAUGAAUUGAAAGAAUAUUUUCCAAACUUGGACCAUUUAACGUUGUCUAAGGCCGGGAUCUGGGUAUUCGACCCAUGUGUACAUGAUAAGCCCACCAUCCCAGGCUUCGGCGAAGGUUGUUGCUCAACCCGGAUUUGUUACGGGCGCACUAAUAAACCAAAACAGGAUAUGGGAUUCCUGAGCGAGUUGACGAAUUUGAAAACGCUCGAGAUUCAUGAGAAAACUUCCCCUGAGCUUGACGCUGAAGUUGGACCGGAUUCGAUACAUACGACUAGUCAACUUCUGAGUGCGAUGCAGUUACUGCUACUGCCACCGAAGCUAAAGACGAUGAAGUGGAACCGAGGGGGCCGCCAACUCGUGCAUUGCGAAACUCUGUGGGUGCCGGACAUUAAGAGAAUUGAAUCCGUAGAUGUAUGGCUGACGGUUGAGGAUCAACGAAUUUUUGAGGGAGAGAGGUAUGGGGCGUGGGAUUUCCACCAGGAAUUGUAUCACGGAUUGGGACCGGAAUCGGAGGAAAAGUGGGGUUAUCAGUGGAUGCGGAGGUUUUCCCCGGAAUCUGAAGGAACCAGGUCGGUUUAA